CUGGGAUUGCCGCGGGGAUUCAGGACUAGGGGAAGGAGGGAGAUGAAGCAGGCAGUGAGGGCAGCGAGAGCCCAGUGAGGCCGGUCCUGCCUGCCGCGAGGGAGGGUGCGCGGACUCCCGCAGCGGGGAUUCCUGCCUGGGAUUCCUGCACCUUGCAGCGCGGGGGGGGCUGCGCCCACCCUUUCCCGCGCUCCACUCGGCGGCUAGAGCGCGACCAAUCGGCUUCCGCAGUAGAGAGCAGCCGUCCAAUGAGACAAAGGGACUCGGCACCCCGCCGUCCCUUGGUCUGACUCACAGCCCGCUUACCCAGAAGGCAGAACUCCCGGCUGGAGGCAAGGGUCCCCCCAAAGUCGCGCGUGCAGGCGAGUGAAGGCUAGGUCUGGGACGAACUCUUCUCUUCGGUUCUCUGCUGUUGAAAAAGUAUCCCUGUGACAUCAGAGGAAAGAUAGAAGAGAAAAGUAUCCCUGUAAACAAACCAAAAAACCAAGCAGCAACUAAACUUCUUGACUAUCUUCCCAGUGUUUAGAGUGAACUGUCUAUUCAUCUUCAAACCAUCAUGAGCCCUAAGAAGCUCAGGUCACAGAUCUCAUUCGAUGAGAAGAGAAAUAUGAAAAUUGAGCACUAUUUCCCUCAGGUCAAUAAAAACCAGAAUAAUUCCGAUAUUCCUCAAAUGAAGAUGGGUGCUAGAAAAUCUCCAAAAGAUAUAACUAACACCCAGGCUCAAGGACCCAAAGACCAGACUGGGCCCCCAAAGAAGACAAUUUACAUCACCUUGGCUGUGAACUCCAGAAAACACGUGCUCACACACAGUGACGGGGAUAGCUUAUAUGCAGCACUCAACACAUUAAAGGCUGUCAAGAAGGAAAUAAAAACUCAGCAAGGCAAAGAGAUGCUGGUGCGUGGCAUGGAAGGCAUCGAAGGAUACAUCAAUCUUGGGAUGCCCCUCACUUGCUUUCCUGAAAGCUGCCACGUGCUAAUCACAUUUGCCCAGAGUAGAAGUAGACAGAAAGAAGGGAGCCCGGUAUUUGGCCGGCAUGACAAGGUAUCCCCUGACUGUGUCAAAUUUUAUAUUCAUGUGAUUGGGAAGAGAAAGAAGAGGAUAGUCAAGCGCUGGCAUCUUCACAAAGAAGGGUGCAAACUCUGUGUCUAUGCUUUCAAAGGAGAAACCAUCAAGGACGCAGUGUGCAAGGACGGCAGGUUUCUCUCCUUUCUGGAGAAAGAGGACUGGAGACUCAUCAAAAACCAUGACUCCAUUCUAGAAAGCACGCAGACUGUUGACAACCUAGAAGGCGAGCUCUUUGAAAUUGAAGUUGAAAAAAGAACGCGCUCUGGAGCAGGAGCUUCUCAAAAUUUGGAGUCAGAGGAACGAAACACCUCUGUGUUGAGAGAAGAAAUUGUGGCUCAGUACCCCAGUUUACAGAGAGAAAGUGAAAAGAUCAGAGAUAACUUCAAGAAAAAAUUGGAAAAGAAAAAGAACAAAACUUCAUUAUUUAAACUGCAUAAAGUAACCUUUGGGAAACUGACAAAAAACUCUACUCCAGUUAAAAUCCACAAACUUCUUUCUCAUCUCAGUGACUCAGUUGGGUACCUGUCGUGGGACAACAAUGGAAAUAGGGGUUCUGCCACCUGCUUUGUUUUUAAUGAGUUGUUCAUUUUAACUUGUCGACACGUGGUAAGUGACAUUGUGGGAAAGGGAAUAGACCCAAGUAGGUGGGCAGACAUAAUUGGUCAGUGCGUAAGAGUGACGUUUAGUUACGAAGGGCCCCCUGAGAAAGAAGAGAACUGCUUUUUCGUUGAGCCUUGGUUUAGGGUAUCUGAUGCCACUCUCGAUUACGCCGUUCUGCACCUGAAGGCCAAUGGACAGCGGGUACCUUUGGGACUCUAUUCUAGAGUUGCUCCUGCGCCACCUAGUGGGCUCAUCUAUAUCAUCGGCCACCCGUAUGGAGAGGCAAAGUCUAUCGAUGCUUGCACUGUGAUCCCUCUGGAGCAGCGAAGCAAGAAAUUUCAGGAACAUCCUCAGCCUAGAGGGGGAGAGGGUAGCAAUGAUGACAUGCAAUAUAUUCAUAUGUACACUCAAAGAAGCUUCCAGAAAAUAGCUUACGAUCCUGAUGUGAUUACCUAUGACACUUCUUUUUACUUUGGGGCUUCUGGCUCCCCAGUGUUUGAUGCAAAAGGUUCAUUAGUAGCCAUGCAUACUGCUGGCUUCACUUAUAAUCACCAAAUUGGGUUAUCUCAUAUCAUUGAGUUCGGCUGUACUAUGGAAUCCAUCCUCCUUGAUAUGAAGCGAAACCAUGAACAGUGGUGUACAGAAGAAUGUAUAAAUCAGCCAAAUACAGAACAAUGUGUCCAUCCGCAAGAUGUGGAAAUGGUGAGUGACGAGGAUUGAAGAUGGUGAGAAUUCAGUCUAUUUACUCGCUUCCAGGGGAUUACCCAUGGAGUUGUUAUUCCACAGGCAAUGGUGAUCAUUCCCUAAAUUCCAAAAUGGUUACUUUUGUUUAAAAAAUUGCCGUUGUAGAGCACUUCUUACGCACCACUUCUCUAAAGACAUGAAGACUAUAAUCCUAACACGUGGGCUGUUAACCCCCUUUUAAAGUCAACCAAUGGGAAGAACGAUGGGAUUGUGACACUAACGCGCAUGUGCAUGUGCGUGCGGGUUUUCCGUGUCUUCUGUGCCUUCCCCUAAAUUCAGUUGCUUGAAGGCAGUAUCUAACACAUGUUCAUCUCUUUAUCCCCAGUGCCUGGAAGAUGGAAAGUAAAUGCUUAGAAAAUGUGUGGGUCAAUCUAUAGCACAAUUUUAGGGCUGCUGUUCAUCUUACGUGAGGAACUAAAUGCUUGGUUAGAAAUAAUCUCACACAGAAUCUUUAGGAUUUCGCAAAUCUUCAUAUUACUAAAACUCAGGAUGCAUGUGUUCUGAAAUUCAGAGGGUAAAACAUUAUUCUUGUAUUGAUUAGUCUAUUCCGGCAAAGAGAAUAUCGUAAAGAUCCUAUCACUGUGAUCUUAAGUCCUUGGUUUUUACCUUUUCUGUUCAAGAUCACAUAGCACAUUACAUUUAGCUGUUAAUGUCUCUUUAGGCUCCUCUUGCCUGUUGCAAUUUCUCAGACUUUGACUAGUGACCUUGACAGUUAGAAAGAGUACUGCUCAGGUGUUUUGUGGGGUGCCCUUCUGUUGGAAUUUGUCUGAUGAUUAGCCUGGGGUUGUGGGGUUUACAGAGUAAGACCAGAGGGGCAAAGUGCCUUUUCACCAUAUGACAUCAAGGGUUUGCAUAUCCCUUUGACAUAUUCUCAUCAGUGUGUUGUUUGUUUCCUGUUUGUUUGUUUGUUUGCUUGCUUGUUUUGAGCAUUUUCUUAUGCUGUGGUCCAGUCUCUGCUUGUAAAUUUCCUGCCCCAGCCCUAGAAUCAGCCAUUUCUCCAAGGAGCCCUGGAGAACA